UUAUGCAUGGUUUAGGGCUGUGUGUUGGAGAGAGUGGUAUGGUGUCUAUUGGUUUUAAGGCAUUGCCAUUGAGAAACAAUAAGUCACAUAAUUCAUCUCAGGUCGGCUUGAUUACCGACGAAGGUAAAACUUCAUUUACACAGAGGAGAAUGGGCAGGAAAGGAAGCAAGAAAGAUAGUGGAUUUCACAGGAACGAUUCAAACAAGAAUGAAUCUGGUGGUGGACCAGGUGCAAUGGGAAGUGCUCGGAAAUUUUCACAGAACACCGGAGGUUCAGAAUCUCAAGCGUCGUUUGUUAGAAAGCAAGUUGAUCCAGAGACAGCUAAGUACUUCUCAGAGAUUACAAAUGUAAUUGAAGGUACAGAGGUGGACGUGGAGGAGCGAUCUGUUAUAUGUGGUACUGCUUUGGAAGAAGCUAGAGGCAAAGAAGUAGAGCUGGCAACUGAUUAUAUUAUUAGCCACACUAUGCAAACACUUCUUGAAGGCUGCACGUUGGAUCGGCUUUGUGCUUUUCUUCGAAGCUCUGCAGACGAAUUUUCUCAGAUUUGUAUGGAUAGGUCCGGUUCCCAUGUAGCUGAAACGGCCCUCAAAUCUUUGUCCAGGCACCUUGAGGAUGACGAGAGCCACUCUAUCAUUGGAGAGACAUUAGCCGUAUUAUGCGAGGCAAUUGUGACAAAUGCUGUCGAUAUAAUGUGCAAUUGUUAUGGAUCUCAUGUCCUGCGGAGACUUCUUUGCCUCUGUAAAGGAGUUCCCAUGGACUCGCUGGAAUUUCAUAGCACAAACCCGUCUGUCGUGCUGGCAGAACGUUUGAAUUUGCGAUCAUCUCACGUAGACAGUCAUAACGCACCACAGAACCAGCCAUUCCCAGAUCAACUAAAAUUUCUCAUAUCAGAAAUGGUCAAUCCUUCAAGGGCAGACAUUGCAAUCCUACAAACUAAUCAAUAUAGUAGUUUGGUUCUGCAGACUGCGUUGAAAUUAUUAGCAGGACAAGAGGAGGAUCUGUUCCGUUUAAUUCCCAUUCUCCUUGGCUGCCCUACUGAUGCUGCAUCAGAAGAAAGCUUCAUAGAAGUUAAGACAGCUAAAAAGGUUCGGCGUUUAGUGGAAGAAAAUGCAUACAGUCAUUUGAUGGAGGUCAUCUUGUCAGUGGCCCCUGAUACAAUUUAUGAUGACAUAUUCACGAAAGUCUUCAAGAACUCUUUAUUUAGAUUGUCGUCACAUUUCUGUGGAAACUUUGUCAUACAAGCAUUGAUAUCUCAUGCAAGAAGUAAAGAACAUAUAAAGUUGAUAUUUGAGGAACUGGGGCCGAAAUUUAGAGAUCUUCUCGAGUUGGGAAGGGCGGGAGUUGUGGCGGCUCUUGUUGCUGCCAGUCAAAGACUUCAGGACAAUCAGCAUGAGUGUUGUCAAGCCCUUGCUGAUGCUGUUUGUUCAAGAGACGAUUCUUCUGCGUGCAUUAUUCCACGGCUAUUAUUUCUCGACAAUUACCUCUAUUCGGCAGAUAAAGAAAACUGGAGUUGGCCAAGUGGUUUUAAAAUGCAUGUUUUGGGCUCUUUAAUGUUGCAGACGGUUUUCAAGUAUCCUAGUGAAUUCAUAAAAGCAUAUAUCACCAGCAUCACAUCUUUAGAGGAUAAACAUGUUCUAGAAGCAGUAAAAGAUCCUGCAGGAUCCCGUGUUAUUGAGGCUUUUCUCGUUUCAAGCAUCUCCGCCAAGCAAAAGUACAAGAUAGUUGCCAAGCUUCGGGGACAUUUUGGAGAGCUUGCUGUUCUUCCAUCGGGCACAUUUACCAUCGAGAAGUGCUUCAACGCCUGCAACUUGUCUAUGAAGGAAACAAUUGUAUCGGAACUGUUACCUUUCCAAGCAGAACUGUCUAAGAGUAGACAGGGCCCGUAUCUCUUGAAGAAACUUGAUGUUGAGGGAUUUGCAAGACGACCAGAUCAAUGGAGAUCCAGACUAACUUCCAAACAAUCCGUCUUCAAUGAAUUCUAUGAAGCAUUUGGACAAAAGGAUGCCAAAUCUUCUCGAGCCGGAAACUUCCUUUCUGAUUCUUAUAAAAACACUCAAGCGGAAAAUUUCAAGGGCAUGAGGAAAGAAAUAGAUGAUGGCCUUUCUUCCGGUUUUGUUACGAAAUCUGGCACUCCCUUUCUGGCUCACCAGGGGUCUACCAAACCGAAAAAAUCAGGGGAUCAGAAAUCGAAAACCCGAGGUUUCCCUCAAGACAAUGACGAGUUCUCCAAAAGCAAAAGCAAAAAGCUUAAAACGUCAAAAGAUGGAGAAAGUGCUAAGAAUGAGAAGAAACGGCGCAAGAAAGAUGGAUCGUCAGAAUCUUCUAACAAGAAGCUGAAGGCUGGGAUCAGUGAUUAACUCAAUCUACUCUUUACAUAUAUGGAUGGUUCUCACAAUUUUGUUUUAUUAAUUUCACAUUUUGUACUCUUUUUUUUUCACAUCGAAGAAAUGGAAUCAAACUAGAUGAAAAGCUCUUGUAUACACAUGUCUAAGCUAAGAAUUACACAGAAAAGCAAAUUGCAGCUACAUCAAAAUUUGUUGCAAUCCUAAGUUGCAACAAAGCAGUCCUAUCCUAGAAGAUUCUAAUCUGCCUAAGACAGGUACUAUCUUCUCCACCCGAUGCUUUCGACACUCAUCCUAUGGACGAUCAGACCUGGCACAAGAACACAACACAUCUGAGUGAAACUUCAUACCGAGAGGAAAAAGCCUUCAACAUUUUUGGGAGUUAGGUUACUUAUUCUGCGUGGGAUUUGAUCUGCUCGGAGGUAUUCUUCUGAAGCUCGACUUCUCCUCCUUGUAUGGAUUCUUCUGUUUUGCAUCCAAACCCUGUAAAGACUCUGUAGCCGAGGUGGAUGCACGCCCUCUCUCCAAUAGGAAUCUCCCGGCUCGAGCUCCUUGCACGUUGGAAUGCAGAAUCAACGCCAAUGCAAGAAGCAACGAGGCCACCACACUCAGGUUCAACUUCAUAUCUGAUCUGAUACAAUAACGAUGGAGUUUAGCUUUUGUAGUGAGAUUUAGAAGAGUGUUUGAGCUCAUCCAGUCUAUUCAUAUAUAUUUAUAUGCAUAUGCGUGUGUGUGUGUGUGCAAGAUCUUGUUGGAAUCAUAUGCAUGUUGGAUCAUGUGAUGUUUGUUUGACUAUCAUGUUGUGAGUCUGACUUACAGAUUAGUUCUUACAGCUUCGGUGUUGGUCAUGUGAUUGAGGCACGUGAUCAUGUAUUAAUCCUGCCAAAUUUAUUAAUCUAAUCUCUGUUUUUAACUUU